CAAUAUUGUUGGUCCGCCGCCGAUCCGAGUUCACUCACCUAUUUCUACUUGGUGAGCUUCCCGGGAGCUGGUACCGCCCCACAAACGCUGCCCCUCCGAGAAGGUCAGAGACUUUUCCCUGUAAAUUAAACGCCGAUCGUCCCCAAUUGGAGUUCUCCGGUAAGGUAAGUUUGAGGAGCAAGUUUGAUCAUUUAAAACGAUUUUUCUAAAACCAUUGACGAUAAGAACAUAGAUUCUAAGCGGUAGAUAUCACAUAUGGCUUCAUUCCGAGCAUUCUUGAACAGUCCAGUUGGUCCGAAAACAACUCACUUUUGGGGACCUGUUGCAAACUGGGGAUUCGUUGCCGCUGGAUUGGCGGAUAUGAACAAACCUCCAGAAAUGAUUUCUGGCAAUAUGACAGCAGCAAUGUGCGUUUAUUCAGCGUUGUUUAUGAGAUUCGCAUGGAUGGUACAGCCUCGGAACUAUCUGCUUUUGGCAUGCCAUGUCUCAAAUGAGACUGUCCAACUCUAUCAGCUCUCUCGCUGGGCGAGGGGUCAGGGGUACUUAGCCCCGAAGAAAGAUGAAGCUGCAACCGAGUAACUUGCUGCUUCUUUUCAUUCCCUGCUCGUUCAUUGUUUUAGUUGCGAAUUUUACCGAAAACAGUGUUGAUCUUGUGCGAGGCGCAUGUGAUAAAAUUUGCUUUUGAUGUUAACUGAGCUAUCAAUCUCAGCAGAACAAGUUCUCUUGUCAUCCAUUUUCAUUCAAUGUCAUGCACUUCUUUUUGUUCAUAAA